AUGGAGAAGUCAUAAAAGCCUGAUCCAUCAUAACCUUAAGAGACGAUGAAAUAAAAUAAACAAGAGUCGUCUGAUUCAAUAUAUGAUAGGAGCUUAGAAUACUCUUACUUUGUAAAAAGCCAUUGGAAUCCUCUGGACACUAAUUUCCAAGAUAAACUCGUUCAUAACUACUUUGAUUUUAACCAGCCAGUAUACCCACAUUUGACUUCUCACAAAAUGCUUCAAUACAUGAGGAUAGUCCUUGUCAUCCCGAGUAUUCUGAUUUUUAUUCUUUCCUUGAUUAAACUCAGAUAUUCUUCUCUAGUCAUCUUUUUAACACAAUGGGCUAAUCAUAUUGUAAUUAUCAGCUUCAUUUUGAGUAUUUACUCAGGCACUUUCAAGUAUUAGCACAAUUUGAAGCUAAAAAGAUAUGCUGCAAUAUCGACAUAACUUGCUUUUGUCAUGCAGCUUAUUGUGGUUUCAAUUUACUGGCCGUUGCUACAUAAGUUGGCAAUGGAAAAGAUCAUGGAGACUACAGACGAGGUAAUGAGAACUUACCUUAUCUACCACAUGCUUUUUAUUCAUUCAAUACCUUUUGCUGCUGUCACAAUUAACGUCAUUUGCUCAAAAGUCAUUUUCAUUCCUGGGCAUUGCACUUACUUGAUAAUGGUAGCAUUAUUGUAUAGCUUUGUAAAUUACUGCGGCGUUAAGUAUAGAGGUCACUUCCUUUACCCCUUUUUAAAGUGGGAAGAUUACAAAAGCUUUGUUGUGGUGUUUGGCUUGACAAUAUGUGGAGCCACCUUGCACAUUAUUGUUUGCUUCUUUGUUUAUCAUUUCAAAACUUAGCAACUAAAAGCAGCUUAAGUUUAUAGUAAAUAAUCUAAAACUCAAGAAAGCAAAUCCCAAUGA